CGCGCAUCGCGCAGGGUUGCGCACACAGAAGACGUAGCUGCGACACAGGCGAAGCGAGGACGCGACUACGGCCGAGAGGAUGCAGUGAAAGGGCGUCAGUUUCCCAGCUAAUUUACAGCCGGGCGUCAAGGCAGCUAGAAUAAAAUAACAUCGAAAUGAGCGUGAUUCAGGCUGGGCAUGACGGCAGGGUGGACGGCGGCAGAGGCAGCCUCACCGACAGCGGCGGCGGCUCCCCGAAGCUCCAGCAGUGCGCUCAGCCUCCCAACAGCAGCAGCAGCCGGACCAAAGAUGCCAGAUACCACCAGCAGCAGCAGCAGCAGCAGCAGCUCCAGCAGCAGAGGCAUCAUGGUGGGUCGAUGUGGAAACAACCAUCCCACAACGAGCCAGCCGACGUCGUGAGGCGGGCGCUGGACUUCAAGUGCCAAGGUACCCAGUGCUAUAAGGAUAAGAAGUACCGAGAGGCGAUCGGCAAGUAUCACCGCGCUCUGCUGGAGAUCAAGGGGCUGUGCAGGGUGCUGGGGGAUCCGGACACCAGCUCCAAGUCCCCGUCCUCCCUCCUGCCGACCAUCAGCAAGUCCACCACGCUGACAGAUGAGCAGAAGGGGGCCAUGGAGAAUGCAGAGCUGGAGUGUUACAACAGCUUGGCCGCCUGUCUUUUACAAAUGGAGCUGGUGAACUAUGAGCGAGUGAAGGAAUACUGUCUGAAAGUGCUGCACAAGGAGGGAAAGAACUUCAAAGCUCUUUAUCGAUCCGGAGUGGCCUACUACCACCUAGGAGACUUCCAGAAGGCCCUGCACUAUCUGAAGGAGUCGCACAAACAGGAGCCAUCAGACACCAAUGUCAUCCGCUACAUCCAGCUGACAGAGAUGAAGAUUCGCCGGAAUGCCCAAAGGGAAAAGAAAGAGGCGACAUAAGCACUCUGAUGUCUGAUGACUUCUCACCCGUCAUAAAUUUCAGCCCUACUGUGUGCCACCCAGACCUUACACACGAGUCAGAGGUCUUGGUGUGAAGCGAUGUUAUGUUUGCUUUUGCUUUGCACAGCAUCUGGUUGCCAGUUAUGUGAUUGAGCUUCCCCGUUGUGUGCUUGAAGCAUUUCUUUUUUUCUUUUUUUUAAAUUGUACCAGAUAUUGAGUUUCUGUCUCCAAACCACUAAACUUAUCUAGUAUGAAUCGAUCCCAAGUAUGUUUUAACCAUUACAAACUGAUGCACUGCCAGUCCAAACAUUGCACAUACAGGCCCAACACUUGUGAUAGAGACAGGAGCAACAAAGUCCGUAAGAGUGAAUCCAGCAAGUCUGCAGGCAAGUGUAACUGUAAAUUAGCACCUGCCCUCGCACAAGAUGUCUUUUGAAUGGCAUGGAGCAAGUGAGUAACAACCACCUACACUUGUGUCACCAUACUUUGAUUUUGAAAGUACUACAAAAGAUCAAGAUUUUUUUUUAUACUUUCAACUAUAUCUUAAUAAAGGUGCUUUCUCUAAGUAGGUUUCUACUUUAAAAUGCAUAGGGAAGGACAUCAAGAGCACAUGGUUGCUAAUUGCAGUAUGAAUUUAAGAGACAUAUCACAAAAUGUAAAUAGGCUACUUUAUAGAAAUGACAAGAAAAUAUUAUGGAGAGUCAAGCUACUUGUGUUUAUUAAUGCCAAAACGAAGCACUUCAUCCACAGCAUUUACUGUAUCAACAAAUACUGUGUGUUUACUGUAAAGGUAUGCGUAAUAAAUGUGUCUAUUGAUUGAAAUAUUUUUUUGUGGCGCUGCAGCAGUGGAUUUCCCUUCAAUUUUUAACUUUCAUCUUCCCGAUAUUCCUCAUAAGCUAAAAUAGAUCUAUGGAGAGAUGCUGAUGAAAGCACAUGUGUAAAUAAACAAGUGAACUGAAGCCGAUUGAAAUGAUUUGUAUGCCUUUUUGUCUCUGCAGUUGCCAUGGUGAGGCCUCGGUAAUAAGAUGGGUCAUGGAGGUGAUUUUUCAGAAAAUUAUAUAAGGAGGCAUGAGUCAGAAAAAGAUCCUGAUUAUAACACAGGCAAUUAUUUAAAAGUGGAGCGAGAACUAAUACUUUAAACCUGCAAUAACUGAUCUGUUUUUCUCACAGA